AAGCUGAGUAACAAUGGCGUGCGUCAAAAUUAAGUCGUGAUCUCGGGAGCGACCGAAACUUUUAGAAUCCUUUCUAAGUAUAAAUAAUUGGGUUUAGAUCAUUAAAUUAAUUGUGAUCUUAGCACCUUCACUUUAUAGUGGCAGAUAUUAAAUACACCCUACCAAGAUGAAGCUCUUAACCACCAUCACUAAUCUCCUAGCUGCCACCAAUGUAGCCAUGGCAGCAAGUUUACCUCUGCGCAUCGUCUCUUUCAACGUUCGGUACGCCGCGACGUCUCUUGACAACAAUGAAAAGCCCUGGUCGGACCGCCGUACAGGUCUCAUCAACCAACUCAAGUCAGUAACAGCCAAUGCAUCGGCGGCCGGGGCUGUCUCAGUGCUGGGCCUCCAAGAAGUUCUCGACGCCCAACUAAACGACAUCAAGAACGGUUUAGGAACCGACGUCUGGACUCACUUUGGCUUUGGCCGAGACGAUGGCAAGAAGAAGGGCGAGUACAAUCCAAUUAUCUACCGCACCGACGUCCUCAAGCUAUUGUACAGCGAGCAGAAAUGGCUAUCGCCUACUCCAGACGAGGUCUCGUUCGGAUGGGGCGCCGGUAGCCGACGAGUCAGCGUGAUUGCUGUCUUUGAGCACAUCGAAACCGGAAAGCGUUUCAUCCACGCGAAUACGCACCUAGACAACGUGAGCUCGCAGGCGCGUAGCGAGGGGAUCAAGGUCGUUUUGUCGCGCAUCCGGGCUGUGCAGGAUAAGUACGGUCCGUUAGGUGUAACGUUAACUGGCGACUUCAACUCGGAGCCAGGCGGCGAUGCGUACACUACGCUCGAGGACACGGGGUAUCUGACCGAGCUGUGGAACUCGGGGGCGAAAAGGCUGGGAACUAAUCAACUAACGUACACGGGCUUUUCAACGACGGGCAAGAGCCGCAUCGACUUCGUCUGGUUCGGUCCUAAGGGCGAGGAUCGGUAUUCGGCGCAACAGUUUGAGUUCCUGAACAAUGAUAUAGACGGUGUUUUUAUUAGCGAUCAUCGGGCUGUGGUUGCUGACCUGGCUGUACUUUGAGUUGGAAGUUAGGGGUUGGCAAUUGGUAUGCCUAUCUCGAUCAUCGGUGUAGAGUGAAACUUCAGAUUUAUGAUAGGCACUAAUAAAGGCUCUAUUUAUUGACAACAUGACGAGUCUCGAAUCAUAAUUACGAUUUUUGAUUAAACAAACGGUAAAGACGCGUGGUUGGAAUUUGAUAUGAUAGGUAGCAAGUUAAUACCAUGUCGGUAAAGGGAUGAUCUUCUCCAGCUCGGUUCAUUUCUUUAUCUAUAUUGCAUAGGGUCCUGCCAGCAAGGCUAGCUGGAAGUUAUUAAUCAAAAGUUUGAGAUAACUGGUAACAUGAAAAGAAGUCUACGGGUUUCACUAGAUACUGACAACUGGUGUUGAGUCCAAGAUUUAUCACAAAGGAGCUUAACGAAUAUUCUACUAGGUAUAUCUUAUCGUCCUAGCUACUACUUCGACGAUAUACGCAGCGGUAUAAGGUAUUUUAUUGUCAAGUCUUCGUUUUAUGGCUGCCAUAAGGGUAUAAAGGGGUCAUUGGGUGUUAGGAAGCCAGUCUGGUUUUAUGACUUAUGAUGAUAGCGUCAAACUUGAGCAUUAAACCCUCAAGGUAAAGCGCUACUAGAGAACAUUUACCGUUGAGGAUCAUAGAAUCUGUUAUCAAGC